AUGGGUUGGCCUGAGAUCUUUGUUGACUAGAAGACAUUGAGGAGUUUUCAUACCGAGUCCAUUUUUAAAAACAUAUCCUGGGUUAUUUCUUUUCUGGUGAUCUAGAAUCAGAUAGAAAAAGCCAGCGAUGUCGGAGCACAGCAGGAACUCAGAUCAAGAAGACACCCUUAGUGAGGAGCUUGAUGAAGAUGAGAUCUUGGCCAACUUAUCCCCUGAGGAGCUGAAGGAACUGCAGUCCGAGAUGGAAGUCAUGGCCCCUGACCCUCACCUUCCUGUGGGGAUGAUCCAGAAGGAUCAAACUGACAAGGCUCCCACAGGAAACUUUGACCAUAAGUCUCUCGUCGAUUACAUGUAUUUGCAAAAGGCGUCUAGACGCAUGCUGGAAGACGAACGAGUUCCUGUCAGUUUUGUGCAGUCUGAGGAAAAUACUCAAAAACAGCAUGAAGUAAGAGAGAAAGGCAUUGCAAACAUGCCCCAGUUUUUAAAAGAAAAGCUCAAUAGUGAAAUCCUUGCAAAGAAAAGACAAUCAAAUGGGAGCAACAAUGUACAAGAAACAGAAGAUGACGAAGAUGAGGAGGAGGAUGAAGAAGAUGAAGAGGAUGAUGAAGAUGAAGAAGAGGAUGAAGAGGGUGAUGAAGAUGAAGAGGAUGGAGAUGGUGAACAAGCCAACAGAGGAAAAAAUGAAGCAAAGGAACAAGUCCACAAUAAUACUGGCAUCUGCCAGCAGCCGGCUACUAGAGCAAUGGAAGAGCAAAAGGACACAGCAGAGACCAAAGGAAAAAGUGAGAAGAAAAUAGCCAAAUUAGACCCUAAGAAGUUAGCCCUUGAUACCAGUUUUCUGAAGGUAAGUGCAAGGCCUUCAGGGAACCAGACGGACCUGGACGGAAGCUUGAGACGAGUGAGACAGAACGACCCUGACAUGAAGGAACUCAACCUGAACAACAUUGAAAAUAUCCCUAAAGAAAUGUUGCUGGACUUUGUCAAUGCAAUGAAGAAAAACAAACACAUCAAAAGCUUCAGUUUAGCCAACGUCGGUGCAGAUGAGAGUGUAGCAUUCGCCUUGGCUAACAUGCUACGUGAAAACAGGAGCAUCACCACCCUCAAUAUUGAGUCCAACUUCAUCACUGGGAAGGGCAUUGUGGCCAUCAUGAGGUGCCUCCAGUUCAAUGAAACUCUGACUGAACUUCGGUUUCACAACCAGAGGCAUAUGCUGGGCCACCACGCUGAAAUGGAAAUAUCAAGGCUUCUGAAGGCCAACAACACCCUGUUGAAGAUGGGCUACCAUUUCGAGCUUCCGGGUCCCAGAAUGGUGGUAACCAAUCUUCUUACCAGGAACCAGGAUAAACGGAGACAGAAAAGACAGGAGGAGCAGCAGCAGCAGCAACUUAAAGAGCAGAGAAAGCUGAUAGCCAUGUUGGAGAACGGGUUGGGGCUGCCCCCUGGGAUGUGGGAGAGGCUGGGAGGACCCAUGCCCGAUCCCAGAAUGCAAGAAUUCUUCCAGCCUUCACCUGGGCGGCCCCUCGCUGCUCAAGAAGUCCCCUUCGGUGCAAGAAAGGAAAUGAUCAAAAAUCCACCUCAACCCCCACAGUACAAGACAGACCCCGACUCCUUCAGGGUGGUGAAGCUGAAGAGAAUUCAACGCAAAUCUCGAAUGCCGGAAGCCAGAGAGUCGCAGGAGAAAACCAACCUCAAAGAUGUAAUCAAAACGCUCAAGCCAGUGCCAAGAAAUAGGCCGCCCCCGCUGGUGGAAAUCACUCCCAGAGACCAGCUCUUGAAUGACAUCCGACACAGCAAUGUCGCCUACCUAAAACCUGUGCAACUGCCAAAAGAAUUGGCAUAGGAGGCAGCAGAAUCAUCUAGAACAGCAAGAUCAGAGUUGGAGGCUUUUCACUAACAGUGCAGAGGACAGAACUGCGAUGGACCAGUGGUGGCUCCAACCAGGCUGGGGAUGGUUUGGGCUGUGAGAAGACAAAGGCCCAAGAGGAAGGGAAGGAUACAGAAUAUCGAUGUUCACAGGCAACACAUUCUUCUUCUCAGAGUUUGACUGCCUUGGGUGAAAAUUGUAGCGUGGUGCUCCUAGAAGCAGAGGCUAACCUCUUCUUGGUAAACACUUUACUAUUGUUUUCUCCUAGUGAUUAACAAUAAAUAACGAUGGAAGUGUUAACUGUCA